UUUGGUCACGUGACAAUAACACUAUGAUGGCGGCCUGUGCAGCUGUCCGGACGAGCAUGGGCCUGACUUUGAGACUGUCCCGGGGACUUCCUGUGUGCAGCACGUGUCCUCUGUACACGCUGAACAGGAGCGGGGACAGGACGGGCUCUGUGGACCGGCCCGGGACAGGAAACAGACAUUUAAGGACAAGUUUAGGUCUUUAUCGAAGUGACGAGGCGAGCUCCAGCACAGAACAGCCUCAGGAGGAGGUGAAUGUGGUGUACGUAGAUCGAUCUGGACAGAGGAUUCCAGUGAAGGCCAAAGUAGGAGAUAAUGUUCUUUAUCUCGCUCAUAAAAACGGUGUUGAUCUAGAAGGAGCGUGUGAGGCGUCUCUGGCCUGCUCCACCUGCCACGUUUAUGUAAAUGCAGAUUAUUAUGACAAACUGCCGGAACCUGAAGAGAGGGAGGAUGACAUGCUGGAUAUGGCGCCGUUGCUUCAGCAGAACUCCCGUCUCGGUUGCCAGAUAAUCAUCACCCCGGAGUUGGACGGUAUUGAAUUAACUUUACCCAAAGUCACCAGAAACUUUUACGUCGACGGGCACGUUCCUAAACCUCACUGACAGCCGCCAUUUCUGCACGAAGAAGAAGAACUGACAAAAAACCCCACGGCGGCGUCCUCGUCCUGCUGUUUCACGGGUUUGACGGGGCCAUGAGAGGAGAUGGGGAGCGAGUUGCCAGAUCAAAGAUGUUUCCCCGUUUCAGCGGUUAACAGAGAUUCAGCUGGUGUCGCACAUAAAUGGUUACUUAAAAUACUUUUCCGUUUCUUUGGACAUGUUCUUAAGCCAACAUCUGUGUACAACUUUGACUUUGAACAUUCCGUGUUACAGCUACUACACGUACUAACCUCACUGUGGCCAGUCUACUGCAUAAACUUUACAUCACUGAAGCCAUAUCGUCUAAAGAAGUGGUCCAGAAGUCAUUCGUUUUUAUGCAAUCGCUGGGUUUUAAGGUCCUAUGUUACGCAAAAGUGACUCUUUUGUGAGCUUUAAACCACGUUCUAAUGUCGUUACCUCCUCAAAAACAGACUUGGAGUUGUGUUUUGUUUCAUUCACACGUGUUCGAGUAACACUUUAAUAUUAUUCUGUAACAUCUCCAAAGCUCAAUGUUCCUCCUUGUGAUGUCAUGAAAUGGUAGUUUUCAAGUUAACAGCUCCGUUUUACUCUCCGCCGAUAGACUCCCGGUUUGUGCGAUCAUGUAAAUUCAAACGGCGUCUCAAAGCAGAGGCAUGAGGCUCUUUAAAUAUGUCACUGUCACUACGGUCAUGUGCUCACGUCGUCCCUCGAAGACGACCAAUCAGAGCGCAGCAGAGACGAAAUAAGGAUGGAUUUGUAAAAUAGAGGUAGUUAUGAGAAAAAGGCAAAAGUACAAGCUGAUACUUCCUUUAACAUGAUUUUUAUGGCUAGAAAAAGAAAUAAAAAGUCUAGGCGAGCGAUAAUGGUCUGUGUCAAACUCAAGGCCCAGGGGCCAAAUCUGGCUCGCAAUGUAAUUUUAUGUGGCCCACGAUGAGGUAAAUAAAAUGUAUGACUGUCUUAAAAUGUCAGUUUAUCAGGAGAUUCGCAGUUACAGUCAUAUUUUUUUACAUCUAUGCAAAUUUGAGGGCAGCCAUUUUACGACGCGAUAGGGUUAAAACACAAUGGAGUACUUCCUGUUUUUGUAUCACUACAUGACAUCACAAGGUGGAACAGAGUGUUUUCAGCCUAAAUCUGCACGUUUUGUGUGUUAAACGUGUGUGAAUGAAACAAAAACACGACUCCAGGUCUGUUUGUGACGAGGAAACAACAUAAUAACAUCAGAAAACGGCGUAACAUGAGCCUUUUUUAACGUCUCCUCACCAAAUAUCUGUUAGUGUUUCAUUCGAGUAGUGUUACGUAGCAGGUCCUUGCGCCCUCUGCUUGCAUUUUGUACCGUUAAAUGGCCUUUAACGCUUUUAUUUAAAUUAUACAAGUGGGUUUUGAUAAGCUGUUCAGACAUUGCAUAACAUAGGAUCUGUAUGAAGUGGUCGUUUUUAUCGCUCAGUCGCAUUUACGCACAAAUAUUAAACUGUCUGGAAAGAAAUGUGUGAUAAAAAGUGUUUCUUGGAUGUUUUAAAGGUCCUAUAUUACACAAAACUGACUCUUGUAGCUUUAAGUCGCGUUAUAAUGAUGUUAACUCCUCAAAAACAGACCUGGAGUUGUGUUUUGUUUCCUAAAUCUACAGGUUUGUGACGAGGAAAAUGGUGUAAUCUGGGACCUUCAAGUGAAUUAUUGGAUGGGUUUUCCAGAUUUUCAAAAACAGAGACACACUCGGGUUUAGGUGUUGGGUAAUAAUUGUUUGGUAAUAAUAAAACUGUGAAAAGAGUAAUUAAGAAUAUUAUUAAUCACACAGUCCAUUCAUAAAGUCUGCACAGAUCUUCAUCACAUACUGAAUCUACUCUAGUCUUUUUCUUGUUGAUUUUUAUGCGUUUUUACACUUGAUUAACACUGAACCGACACAAGAAUCGUCUCAGAAGCAGAACAAGCGACACAAGUGAGUGAAACGAGCACAAAAAAAACCAUUUGUGAUCGUAAUAACAGGCCUAGUCAUUUCUCUUGGAUAAGUUUGUUGUUAAAUAAAGUUCUCACAUUGGUUUCUCUCAUAUAAAUAAAAAUAAAAAGAGCCAGUCUUUUGAACGGCUCAGAAUCAAAAAAUUUGGAUCCCAUAAAAGAGCCAAAAGUCCCAUCACUGGAUUAUAUUGUCAUUUGUUUAACUAUAAUAAAGGAAAAGCUGCUUGAAAAUGGCAAGAAAUGGCAAAAAAAUGCACCGUCAGACGUCCCUCAGUCUCUUAUCUAAGAAACUGACCCACAAAUGAGUCCAGAAUCAACAAAGUUACACAAUCUGUUCACAAUUUUAUUCAGUCUGUACCAGGAGUCUGCAGCCACUCUCUAAAGAGCCACAUACGGCUCUUUAGUGCCCCCAGUGCGGCUCCUUAAAGCCUCCAGAGCGGCUCUUUGCAGUUUGAUUGAUACAAAUCAUUUUGAGUUUACUUUAUUAAGUUUGUAUUUGACAGUGUUUUUAGCAUAAAAGUUCAUUCUAUUGAAAUAAUUUGUAUUUAUUUAUAUAUUUUUACUGUUUGUCUGAACAAAUCCCAGGCAUAAAAUCAGAAUUAAUCAUUUUGUAAAGUAAAUAUUUCACAUAAACUGCACGAGGAUGUGGGAAAUUACAUCAUUUUCUUCCGCCAGACCUCCUCAAAACAAAUAAAAUAAAUAAAUAAAUAAAUCCACAGUGUGUUAAAAGCUGCAAACACUUGACUUACUUCUUUUAAAUUAUUUUUUUCAACCACUUCAUCUCAUUAUUUGUAAAAACAUGGCUCUUUCUUUCAUUCAUUUGGUUUGAAACGUGUGGCUCUUUGGCUGUUAAAUGUUUGCAGACGUGUGGACCGAACGUCAAACUCCGGUGUGUCUCAGGUCUGAACUCUGAAACUCUGGUGUCUCCGAGUCAGUUUUUCAGAGACUCCAGACAGAACAGUUUGAUUCAUCUUUGUGUGUUUUGGUUAAACUAAUGACCAUCUUUGUUUUUGGCGAGUGUCAAAUUGGUCAAAUAUCUGGACACCUGAGACAUUUCUUUUACAAAACUGGGACAAAUCACUUGUUUUUGUAUAAAUCUGCUGGGACAGGGGACACUUGAGUAAAAGUACAGAUACAGAAAUACUCAAGUAAAAGUAAAAGUAUCACAUGAAAAAACUACUUAAGUAAAAGUAUUAAAGCACCUGUUUAAAAAUGAACUUAAAGAGUAAAAAGUAAAAGUCUUUCACGCAGAUUUUGAGUCUUUUAAAGCUUCAAAUGUGGUGAUUUUGAUAAAGUUUGUGCUGAAUUUUGUUCAACACGAAUAAAUGAAUAAAUAGUUUUUUUUUCC